AGGCAAGGCUGAAGCGUCUAAGCUAGCCUACUUCCUUACCUGUGUGUAUGGGGCGGGUACCUGUCCUGAGCGAACGGGACAGCAGACCGCAUGAGACCGCACCAUACCACACACUCCACAGAAAAAAGUAUAGAAAAGAGGUUUCAAACUUUUAUCAAGCAGGGCCAUGAUAAACACGGCAGAGUAUGGCAACAUGUCGUGGGAGCUGUCAGUCCAGGUGGACCAGAAAGAUGGAGAUGAGGGCAUGAGGUUUAAACUCAGAGUCAAGGGAGACCUGCACAUUGGAGGACUCAUGCUCAAACUGGUGGAGAAGAUCAAGGCCCCUCAGGACUGGUCAGACCAUGCUCUGUGGUGGGAGAAGAGAAGCUGUUGGCUGCUGAAGACCCACUGGACCCUGGACAAGUAUGGUGUCCAGGCAGAUGCUGACCUGCGCUACACCCCCCAGCACAAACCCCUGUGCCUGCAGCUGCCCAACAUGAAAACAGUCAAACUUACCGUCAGCUACUCUGCCGUCGUCUUCAAGACCGUCGCAGAGAUCUGCAGAGCACUCAACAUCAGGAGGCCAGAGGAGCUGUCUCUGCUGAAGCCUCCAGAUAACCCGUCCAAGAAGAAGAAUAAGAAUAAGAAAGACAAGAACCCAGCGCUGGAUGACAUCUUAGACAUGGACAUCAUCAAUGGAGGCUCUGGGGGAACAGGCAGUCCCUUGUACAGUAAGACCAUGGUGCCCACCUAUGACCCAGAGAACGGGACUCCAGCCUCGGCCACCAGCCUGUGGUUUGGGGACAACCCCCUGACCUCCAGCCAGCCCAACCUGCCCCCUGUGGAGCUGGCCAAGAUGUACCAGCAGUUGUCCAUGGUGGACAAAGCCAUCAUCAACGCAGGGUGGCUGGACUCCUCCCGCUCCUUGAUGGAACAGGGAAUUGGAGAAGAUGACAGACUGCAGCUACGCUUCAAAUACCACUGCUUCUUCGACCUCAACCCAAAGUAUGAUGCUGUGAGGAUAACCCAGCUGUAUGAGCAGGCUCGCUGGUCCAUCCUACUGGAGGAGAUCGACUGCACUGAGGAGGAGAUGCUCAUGUUCGCCUCCUUACAGUAUCACAUAUGCAAGAUGACCAUGUCCACCGAACCUCAGGACUUCUCCAAUGAACCGGAGAUAGAUGAAGUAGAGGCUGCCUUAUCCAAUCUAGAGGUUACACUUGAAGGAAAAACAGACAGAAUAUUGGAAGACAUCACAGAUGUUCCAAAGCUGGCAGACUCCCUCAAGCUGUUCAGGCCUAAAAGACUGGCGUUGCGUCCGUAUAAGGAGUACUGGUUCGUGUUUAAAGACACCACCAUCUCCUACUACAAGAACAAAGAUACAGCUAGCGGAGAGCCCAUAGAACAGUUGCAUCUCCGAGGAUGUGAGGUGGUCCCUGAUGUGAAUGUGACGGACAAGAAGUUUGGUAUCAAGCUGCUGCUCCCAGUGGCUGAUGGGAUGAACGAGGUCUACAUCCGCUGUGACAAUGAGACGCAGUAUGCCAAGUGGAAGGCAGCGUGUACUCUGGCCUCCAAGGGCAAGACCAUGGCUUACAGCUCCUACAGGUCGGAGGUGAAGAACAUACAGUCGUUCCUGCAGAUGAAGAGUCUGGCGCCCCCCCCUGGUCAGGCUGCUCCAGACCUGGAUGCCAUGGAGAUGAACGCUGAGUGCUUUGUCUCUCCCAGAUACACCAAGAGGUACAAGACCAAACAGCUGACAGCGAGGAUCUUGGAGGCCCAUCAGAACAUUGCCAGUCUCUCUCUUAUUGAAGCUAAAAUGUGCUUCAUCCAUGCCUGGCAGUCCCUGGCUGAGUUUGGUAUCAAAUACUACAUUGUCAGGUUCCGAGGCAGUAAAAAGAAUGAGCUGCUGGGUAUCUCCUAUAACCGUCUGAUCCGUAUUGACAUGUCCACUGGCUUGCCUGUCACCACCUGGAGGUUCGCCAACAUGAAACAGUGGAAUGUCAACUGGGAAAUCAGACAGGUGGCCAUAGAGUUUGACCAGAAUGUGUCGAUAGCCUUCUCCUGUGUGAGCUGUGACUGUAAGGUGGUCCAUGAGUACAUUGGAGGAUACAUCUUCCUCUCAACACGCUCCAAAGACCAGAACGAGACACUGGAUGAGGAACUCUUCCACAAACUCACUGGAGGGAAGGAAUGAACCCGGGACAUCAGCUUUCACUUAGUGCCGCUGUCAAGAAAGAAUUGAAAUUCGUUGUCGAUAUGGUUUUGUAGGUUACAUCAAUGAUUUGUUCAUAUUGUAAAUUGCAGAGAAAAGUAGACGUCUUUGUCACUAUAUUUCAUCCCAAGACCAUCUCUACAGGAUGGGUAGACCAUCUCUACAGGAUGGGUAGACCAUCUCUACAGGAUGGGUAGACCAUCUCUACAGGAUGGGUAGACCAUCUCUACAGGAUGGGUAGACCAUCUCUACAGGAUGGGUAGACCAUCUCUACAGGAUGGGUAGACCAUCUCUACAAGGCCACUUCGUCUGACGGUUAGGCCUGGCCUACUGCUUUGAAUGCAUGGUCCAUCUGCAGAGACAGCAAUUAAUUCAGUACAUGGGCUGUACAUCUUGUCACCUGUUUGACUUGGUGUAGCCUAGUCUUUGAAUUCAAUGUUGAAGGCUACUUUCACAAUCAAUGUAUCAGACUGUUCAUUGCCCUGUUUUAUACAUAUUACUUGUAUGAUGUUUUAGAAUGUAACGUUUGCAAUUUUAUUACAAGUCCAACAGAAUUUCUGAGAUAUUUCUGGUGGUGGGUUAUUAUCAUGUUGAACGAGACAUUUGUUUUCAGAGAAAACACUGGAAUUUCUGUUGACUGAGAUGCAUUGAAAUAAACUUUUGGUCAGUUGUU